AUGCUUGCCUAUUCAAAGCUGCCUCCAAAUCUUUGGGCUGAAGCUGUAGCUACUGCUUGUUUUACUCAGAACAGGUCCAUAAUCAACAAGAGAUUUGAAAAAACUCCAUAUGAGUUUGAACCAAAAGGUGAUGAGGCAUACUUUAUUGGUAGAGAAUCGAUUGCAUAUCGUGCGUACAAUCGUCGAACGAAAAAGAUAGUUGAGAGUAUGAAUGUUCGAUUUGAUAAACUCUCUAGUAUGGUUCUUGAACAAAACAGUUCAAGACCCGAACUUAAUCGACCACAAGCUUCCGCAACAAUAACCGCUUUCAAUGUCAAAUCUCAAUUCAGUACUCUGAUCACAGAGGAUUUGGAUAUUUUGUUUGAAGAAUUCUACUAUGGUCAUCCAAGAGUGUCUGAACCCGGUUUAGAUACAAAUACAGUUUCCAGUACCAUGAAUACUUCUUCAGCACCAAAUGGAGACGAUGAGUCAUCACCGUCACUCAAUUCAGAUAUAUCUUCUCCAUCAUCUAAUUCUCAUCUUCAUACUGCCACUUCUGAGUUACAAGGUCCACAUACUCAUAUUUCUCAAGUGACAAAUCCUGCUACUAAUCCAGAAGUUUAUCACACUAAAGACUUUGUUGAACCAUUGACAACUUCAUUUGAGCAAGUAACUGCACAACAUACUCCGACGUUCAUUGAUACUGAUGAAUUAAAUGAUCCACAAGACCCUCUUCCUCAUUCAACCAAAUGGACUAGAUCUCAUCCGAUUUCUCAAAUAAUUGGCAAUCCGGACUCAGGAAUACAGACAAGAUCUGCGUCUGUAAAUGAACCAAUUAUGUCCUAA